CGCAGUUCAGCUGCAGAAGAAUGAAGAUUCAGGCGUUUGGUGUUUUUCUUGUCAUAGUAUUUUUCAUUAAGGGUAGUUUCUCAAAAUGUGGAUAUGAGAGCUGUAAUCCUGUUAAAGAUGGAAUGAUCAAUGUCCACCUGGUCCCCCAUACUCAUGAUGAUGUGGGUUGGCUAAAAACAGUGGACCAAUACUAUUAUGGAGACAAGAACAAUAUACAGAAUGCCGGAGUGCAGUAUAUCUUGGACUCAGUUAUUCAGGAACUUAUGGCAGAUAAAAACAAAAGAUUUAUUUAUGUGGAGGUUGCUUUCUUUGCACGAUGGUGGAGACAGCAACAUGACAGGAUGAGGCAUUUGGUCAAAGGACUUGUUAAUGAUGGGCGCCUCGAGUUUAUCCUAGGUGGCUGGUGUAUGGAUGAUGAAGCCACAACACAUUAUAAUGCAAUCAUUGAUGAACAUUCUCUUGGAUUGGAAUUUCUCCGACAGAACUUUGGAGAUUGUGGCAGACCUCGUGUAGCUUGGCAGAUUGAUCCAUUUGGCCACUCCAGGGAGCAAGCUUCCCUUUUUGCUCACAUGGGAUAUGAUGGCUUGUUCUUUGGACGUUUGGAUUAUCAAGACAAGUUUAAUCGAGCUCUAACAAAAUCCAUGGAGAUGGUUUGGCAGGGCAGUCCUGACAAUUUAGGUUCCAGUAGUGACUUGUUUACAGGGGUGCUCUACCAUGGCUACAAUCCACCUCCAGGAUUUUGUUGGGACUCGUCAUGUCAUGAUGACCCUAUUAUGGAUGACAAAAAUAUGGAGGGCUAUAAUGCAGAUCAGAAGACAAAAGAUUUCCUCAACUACACACAGAACCAGGCCACUGCUUAUGCUACCAAUCACUUAAUAAUGACUAUGGGGAGUGAUUUCAACUACCAGAAUGCACACAUGUGGUUCAAGAACAUGGAUAAACUGAUAAAGCUUGUAAAUGCUCAGCAAGAACAUGGUAGCAAAGUAAAUCUCCUCUACUCUACACCCAGCUGUUAUCUGUACCAGCUGAAUCGAGCCAAUCAAACCUGGCCCACCAAGAAAGAUGAUUUCUUCCCGUAUGCUCACCUCCCCCACUCCUACUGGACAGGGUUCUACAGCAGUCGCCCCAACCUCAAGGGCUACGUUAGGCAGACAAACAACUUCCUACAGGUGUGUAAACAGCUGGAUGCCUUGGCUGUGUUAGAAGAUUCUGACAAUAGCACACUGAACAUUAAAGUCCUAAAGGAAGCAAUGGGUGUAGCACAGCAUCAUGAUGCAGUAUCGGGAACAGAAAAACAGGCUGUGGCUUAUGACUAUGCAAUGAGGCUAGCAAGGGGAAAUUAUGAAUGUCAGAAAGUGGUCAAUGAUGCAUACAAGAAAUUAUUUCCAAAACAGAAAGAAGCCCCACCAGACCAGAUGUUCUGUAAUCUUUUGAAUAUCAGCAUGUGUCGUGCAACAGAAAAUUACAAACAGUUUACCAUGACAGUGUACAACCCCUUGGGUAGGUCAUUGAAUCAUUGGAUAAGACUUCCUGUCAUAGGUAGAUCUUAUGUCAUAACAGAUCCCAAUGGCAAGAGUAUCCCAUCUCAGGUUUUACCCGUCAGCAAUGAGACUAAGAGAAUACCAGAGAGGAAUGGAUCACUGGCAGAGAAUGAACUUGUCUUCAGGGUCUCAUUACCCCCCCUUGGCUUCAGCACCUUCUUUGUCAAAAUGAGUCAGGGAGCAAGCAAGUCACAGAAGUCUUUUGUUCACCAGUUUGAUAAUUCAGAUGUCGUCAUAAAAAAUCAGCAUUUAUCCCUGAUGUUUGAUGGAAAAUCUGGCCAGUUGAAGUCAAUGAAGAACUUGAAUUCUGGGGCCUCCAUUCCUUUACAGCAGACAUUCCUGUACUAUAUAGGGCACCCUGGCAAUACCAGUGUAUUAAAGUACCAAGCUUCCGGAGCUUACGUAUUCAGACCUCUUACUACAACUACGUAUAACUUUCAGCCUCAGUUAAAGAAGAAAACCUAUUACAUUCAGGGUCAGUUGGUCCAGGAAAUCAGGCAACAGUUCUCACCUUGGGUGUCCCAAGUGGUCAGACUGUAUGACCAGGCAAACUAUGCAGAGUUGGAGUGGACAGUUGGCCCAAUACCUAUCAGUGAUGGCAUGGGAAAAGAAAUCAUUACAAAGUAUAGCACAGGGCUACAAACCAAAGGUGUCUUCUACACUGAUGCCAACGGGAGAGAAAUACUCAAAAGAACGCGAAAUCACAGAGAUACUUGGAAGUUCAAGACAUCUGAACCAAUUUCUGCAAAUUAUUAUCCCAUCAACAGCAGAGUUUAUAUCAAAGAUGACAACACUCAGUUUACUGUGAUGACAGACAGAAGUCAAGGAGGAAGCAGUCUACAGGAUGGAAAUGUGGAAGUCAUGUUACAUCGCCGUCUGUUGUAUGAUGACAAUUUAGGAGUUGGAGAAGCUUUGAAUGAGACAGGGGCUGAUGGGAAGGGUCUCAUUGCCAGAGGGAAGCAUUUCUUAUUUCUGGACACAGUGCAGAAUUCUGGGGCCCUCCACAGGGAUAUGGGACUACGACUGUACAUGGCUCCCUCUCUAUCAUUCACUGCCUCUCAGAUGAAACAACAGGACUGGAGCCAGAAGUUCCUUACUACUUGGUCAGGACUGAAGACUCCACUGCCAGCCAAUGUCCAUAUGUUGACCUUGGAGCAGUGGGGUGGCCCUACAAUCAAACCCAGCCCUACUCAACCCUUCCUCAUCAGAUUUGAACAUAUUUAUGAGAAGGGAGAAAACUCUGAAUUGUCUAAACCUGUGAAACUUAUGGUGAAGGAUAUGUUUGUACCAUUCAGUAUAAAAACCAUUGAAGAAUUAACAAUGGGGGCCAAUUUACCCCUUAGUGAUCUCAACAGACUACAGUGGAAAACAAAAGACUACACUACAGGUACCAAGUUAAUGCAACACAAGAUCAAAGCAGCUGAUAAUUUUACAGUGAUUCUUAACCCAAUGGAAAUACGGACAUUCCAAGUAACACUCUCCUAAUUAACUGUCAUCUGAGGUACCUGAUUUCUGACUCACAUUACCUGAAUGGUAAAACUUUUAAAAGUGAGAGUGUUUGAAUGUGAUUAUAGUGUUAGGAUACCUUGGGAUCUCCAGUAAUAUCAAUGCUUUGCAUUCAUAAAACUUUUUAAUAUGUGCUAUAACUUGUACAUGUAAAAUGCUCACCCCUUUUCAAUCUAAAACUUUCUUUUGGUGAUGUUCCAAAUGCUAAUGCAUGCAUGUACAUAUAUGUAUCUGUCUAGUCAUGAUGAUGAAAAUUUAUUGAUUGAUUUGCUAUGAGCCCAAGAUUCAAGCUAUUUUAACUUUGAUUGUCAAUUUAUUUACCCAACAAGGGCAUUAAGAGAAUUGAAGAAGGGUAUAUAUAUUACAUAAUAUUGAUGUGCCCAGAGUAGAAAGUUAUUAUUUAUAUUUCUGCAUGAAAUGCAUUUAGUAUUGAAGGGGGGAGGGGUUGGUAAAAGGCAUAAAUAUAUCCUCUGUUUUGCAAACAUUUUGAAAUAAUGAUGUUAAUGAACAUUUGUAAGAGGGAUGGGUGAUUAUUGAAAUGGUACGCAGUUAUCACAGAUUGUUUUAGGCUAUUAUUUCAGAUCUGAUGCUUUUUAUACGUAUUUUUCAUCUAUAUUGUUCUAAAGGUGCUUUUAUCAUAAUUAAAUACUUUCUGUUAUAAUUAAGGGAAAAGGAACUUAAUUCUUACUCCUUAAUGGUCAUGUAUACAUAGUUUUAAUUUGUUUUUGUCAUGAUGUAUAUUAUAUUGCAUACAUCGUUUAUAUAAGCAUAAUGCCAUUUAUCAUAGGUUCUAUCAUUACUCAAAUUCAGAUUGGAACAAUGUGCUGUGAUACUUUAAUAAAUUAAAAAAACAUUUAAAAUACAGUAAGAUAAUUCAUGUUUAUUUCCAGACUGUAAACUAUCUUUGUAACAUUCCAAAAUAAACAAAAAGAAAACCCUUGGA